AAGAACAAGACUUGUGGGGAAAACGUCGGCAUCUGAAAUGAAGAUUGCCCACACUUGCUCCAAGGAAUGGUCUCGCCAAGCAGGACAAGUUUCGGCAUGGGAAGUUCUCAUCUCACGACUUUCUGCCUGAUAGUGUCGUGUUUGGCUUCGACCGUUGAAGGUGUCAAUGUCGCCGUGAGGAAGUCAGCGUAUCAAACCAGCACUGACGAGGGUGGACGUGCAGGCCGUGCUGUAGACGGGAAAACUAAUGGCAACUACUACGCUCAUUCCUGUACACACACUAGAAAUCAGGCUGAUCCAAGCUGGCGGGUGGAUCUUGGUCAGUCGUAUUGGAUCGACAGGGUAGUCAUCUUCAACCGCCAGGACUGUUGUAAGGGACGAAUCAACCCCUUCAACAUCCACAUCGGGGAUUCCGCCCAGGUCAGCGAGAACCCCAAGUGUGGCGGUGAUCAUCAAAUCGACGUGAGCCAGCGGUCCAUUUCCGUCUCAUGUCAGGCGAUGAGGGGGCGAUAUGUAGGCGUCCGCCUCCCCGGACCCUCCCGAACACUGACCCUGUGUGAAGUCCAAGUCUUUUCAGACGUUGACGAGUGUUUGACAGAAAAUGGCGGCUGUGAUCAGUUCUGUACGAACACGGAGGGGAGUUUCCAGUGUUCCUGUGAUUCGGGCCACCUUCUAAAUGCCAAUGGAUUGGCAUGCGAUGACCCAUGCCUGACGGCCACGGCCAUAUAUGAACCACACCGCAGUACCGUGUACGUGACGGAACAGGAGCCGGAUGUGUGUGACAAUGAAAUACAGGAAGGCUGGUAUCGCUUCACCCACGCCGGAGGAACCAUACCAACCAGCUGUGUAGACAUCUACCGCUGCAGUACGGAGUACACCGUAUGGAUGAACGGUUCACACCCGACUGACGACACCAUCGCUGAUCGCAUGGCCUGUGUCAACACGGGUGAUGGCGAUAGCUGCUGCUCAGACCAGUACAGCAUGACGAUACAAGUCAAGAGAUGUCCGACCCCUGGGUACACCUACUACGUCUACAAACUUGUACCAGUUCCAGCAGCGACAAACGAUUACAAUGACUACUACAACUAUUACUACGAAGAAUACUACAAUCCUGAAAGCAACCCACAACCAAGCCGCUGUACCGCUUACUGUGCAGGGGAUAGCGAACCUUGUCCGAACGGUGAAGAAUACAACGUGUUUCAUCGAGCCUGUGGAAAUAUCUUCCCGUUGUUCUCAGACAACCCUGUCCUCCAUCCUCCUGAGCAUGACGUCACCGCCAAUCACGUGUCGUUCACGUGUGAGGUUCAGUACGACCCUGAUGACGUCACGGCCUGGUUUGACGUCAUGUUCCUGUUCGAUGACGUGUACUACCCGGAUGUGCCUAACGUGACCCUGACAGCUGGGGAAAGGCGAGCAAAGAUGGACGCCAGUCAUCUGGGUCUGAACCAGCUGUACCCAAACGUACCGGUCUCCUGGCCAUCAAAGAUGGGGAAGGACGUUUCCUGCCAGGUGAGGUCCUACUGGGAAGGUACCCCGGAUGUGAAAAGCGAGUGGCAGCAGAGCAACCCUUACUGGGCAGGCAUCGAGGCCCCAGACACAGCUGUCGUGUACGAGUCUGAUGACCACUACAGGUUGGAGCUGACCAGUACGGUUCCGUUUGUCUGCGAGGGCGGGGCACGAAGGGCGAGACAGUGUUACGUAGACGUCCCCUUGUCAUUCGACGCAAACGACGACGACGUCUGCGUCGCUGAAGGCUGUCAAGUUUAA